GAAGAGUAAGGACCGAGGAUUUUUUUAGAGGAUCUUAAUAGUGCAGGGAGAAAGACAAAGGUGAUUGUGUUGGUAAAUCGCAAACAAUACGUGAAAUGAGGAGAAGGCAAGCGGAAUGCAGCGGGGUUAGAAUGAUAGAGCAUUUCAGCCGCGACCCCUCCGAGCAGUGACUUUGAAAGCACCUUUUCAGUCUUGGACACAUCUAUCAGAGUGUCUGCUAUAAGACGCGCUCAGCACUAAUCUAGCCUUCUUCAUAAAUGGAAGAACAUGUUAAGUGAAACACCCCUCAAUGCACAGGAAUGCGAAUACUGUAAUACAUAAAUAAAACGCCAUUGUAUUAACGAAACGUCAUCUGUGCAAUUUUGGUAAAUAGCCUGCGUUAGAAAGCGGCAUACAGUAUAUCCAAGCUUUACAAGAAUGGAUAUCGGUAAACCCUGUGUUGUUUUCAUCUUUCUUUUAUCAAUUAUGCAUGAGACUUAGACAUGACACUACAUAGAACAGCACGUGGUAUUCAAAAGGGAGAGCACCUGCAAAGUGUGAGCGGGGCUGCAUCACCUGAGAGCGCAAGGUGCACCUGUGCGGGACAAGCAGCCUGCUUUGGUACGCGGAAAGGAAGGCGUUAAAGAGGUGAAGCUGCUGCAACCAAGCCGAGAUCAUCUGGGUAGAGCAGCAUGCCGAGUUCCAAGCGCUGCACACCCUGGCUAUUAAUCCUGUAAGGAGCCAAUUCGGAGAGCGGCUGCUCUCGCCGGGGAGUGGGUGUUGAGAGGAGAGAGCAGCUGAGAAGCAGGCGCCGGGACAAAGGGAAGGGACAACAAUGAGAUGUAGAUUGCACCCCGACAGGCCGCCGCACCACUCCUCUGCCAAACCCGUUCUCUCAUUCUGGAAAACUAUAGAUUCUUCUGUCUUCAAACAUCACCAAACAGCCGCGUACUGACCAUAAACAGGAGCUCCUAAACAAUUUCACAUCUCUCACUGAAGAAGUAAACAAGAAGCGCAGUUCUCCCUCUUCCUGGAAAUAGCUUCAUUCUCCGUCUGCCCCUCAGAGAGAGUUGCAUCGAGCUCAAGGGCUCAGUCCGCUGUUCGAUUGAAUUGCGUGGAACUUUGUUUCUUUGUAAAGUGAGUCGCUGUGCGGCUGCAGCUACCCCCAUGUGAAGAGGUGGCUGGGACAUCGUGAGGCGGCACCUUGGCACCGUCCAGCUGGUGUAGGGGGACACCCUCUAACUCUGGGCAGCACUGCCAGGAUGCCGGUCCGAAGGGGGCACGUGGCGCCGCAGAACACCUUUCUGGACACCAUCAUCCGAAAAUUUGAGGGACAGAGUCGGAAGUUCAUCAUCGCCAAUGCCCGGGUGGAAAACUGCGCCAUCAUCUUUUGUAAUGAUGGCUUCUGUGGCAUGUGUGGCUACACGCGUGCCGAGAUCAUGCAGAAGUCAUGCACAUGUGAAUUCCUGUAUGGCCCGCACACCAAGAAGAUGGCCAUCGCACAGAUGGCACAGGCUCUGCUGGGAUCUGAGGAGCGGAAGGUGGAGAUUGCCUUCUACAGGAAGGAUGGUGUGUGCUUCCCAUGCCAGGUGGAUGUGGUGCCAGUGAAGAAUGAGGAUGGUGCAGUGAUAAUGUUCAUCCUCAACUUCGAAGUUAUGACUGACAAUAAACUGCUUCGCUCACCUGACCAAGUACUUAACCACAAAGUGCCGUCCUCCUGGAUCAAUGCAGUAGGACGCCCACGAGGGUUCAGGUUGCGGCUACCCCUGUUGCGCUCCCUGGGCACCAGCAAGCAGUCACUGUCCCGGGAUGACCCAGAGGCCGUGGUGGUGGACAUGUCCAAGCCCAGCAGCGAGCCCCUGGCCCUGGGGGAGCUGCUGUCCUUGCCGGAGCAGAACUGCCUGGGCGGUCCCGAGAUGCUAUGGCCAGAGGACCAGCGUGCCCUGCUGGAUGGCGGGGAAAACCAACCCGUCAAUCACUCAUCUCCCAGGCCUCAGCGCCUCAACCCUGACGCCUCCUUCUCCAACUGCAGCCUGACGCGCAGCCGGUCCCGCGAGAGCUUCUACAGUGUGCGCCGCGCAUCCUCUGUUGAUGACAUUGAGGCCAUGAAGACUGACUUUGAUAAGAAGCUCCGCAGCCGCCAUGCCAGUACAGGUGCAAUGAACCACAUUAGAACUAACAUGCUGAACUCAACCUCUGACUCAGACCUGAUACGUUACCGGACCAUUAGCAAGAUCCCACAGAUCACACUCAACUUUGUGGACUUCAAGCCAGAGCCCUUCAUUGCCUCACCUUCCUCUGACAAGGAGAUCAUUGCUCCCUGCAAGCUGAAGGACCGCACACACAACGUCACUGAGAAGGUUACACAGGUCUUAUCAUUAGGUGCCGAUGUCCUUCCAGAGUACAAGCUCCAGGCUCCUCGGAUCCACAAAUGGACAAUUUUACAUUACAGCCCCUUCAAGGCAGUGUGGGAUUGGUUGAUCCUGCUGCUGGUCAUUUACACAGCCAUCUUCACACCCUACUCCGCCGCUUUCUUGCUCAAUGACCAAGAGGAUGCAGCGCAAAACGAUUGUGCCUACUCCUGCAACCCACUCAACGUGGUGGACCUUAUUGUGGACAUCAUGUUUAUCAUCGAUAUCAUCAUCAACUUCCGUACCACCUAUGUCAACACCAACGAUGAGGUAGUGAGCCACCCAGGACGCAUUGCCGUCCACUACUUCAAGGGCUGGUUCCUAAUUGACAUGGUGGCUGCCAUCCCCUUCGACCUGCUCAUCUUCAGGUCCGGCUCAGAGGAGACCACUACUCUGAUUGGUUUGCUGAAGACAGCCCGCCUGCUGCGACUGGUACGUGUGGCGCGCAAGCUGGACCGCUAUUCAGAGUAUGGUGCAGCGGUAUUAUUCCUGCUCAUGUGCACCUUUGCCCUCAUUGCCCACUGGCUGGCCUGCAUCUGGUAUGCCAUCGGCAAAGUGGAGCGCCACUAUUCCAAAGCACCCCGAAUUGGCUGGCUGGACUCACUGGGGGAACAGCUGGGCAAGCACUUCAAUGACAGUGACCCAGGUUCUGGUCCCUCCAUUAAGGACAAGUAUGUGACUGCACUCUACUUCACCUUCAGUAGCCUAACCAGCGUGGGCUUUGGCAACGUUUCCCCCAACACCAACUCUGAGAAGAUCUUUUCCAUCUGUGUGAUGCUCAUUGGCUCUUUGAUGUAUGCCAGCAUUUUUGGGAAUGUCUCUGCAAUUAUCCAGCGUCUGUAUUCGGGCACGGCACGAUAUCACACUCAGAUGCUGAGGGUCCGUGAGUUCAUCCGGUUUCACCAGAUCCCCAACCCCCUGCGGCAGCGCCUGGAGGAAUAUUUCCAGCAUGCCUGGUCCUAUACCAAUGGCAUCGACAUGAAUGCGGUCCUAAAAGGUUUCCCAGAAUGCCUACAGGCCGACAUCUGCCUGCACCUGAACCGCAGCCUCCUGCAGAACUGUAAGGCCUUCAAAGGCGCCACGAAGGGGUGCCUGCGGGCCCUGGCCAUGAAGUUCAAGACCACGCACGCGCCUCCCGGGGACACACUCGUGCACGCGGGUGACGUCCUCACCGCCCUCUACUUCAUCUCUCGCGGCUCCAUCGAGAUCCUGCGGGGGGACGUGGUGGUGGCCAUCCUUGGUAAGAAUGAUAUCUUCGGGGAACCCAUCAACCUGUAUGCCAGACCUGGCAAGUCAAAUGCAGAUGUCCGUGCAUUGACUUACUGUGACCUACACAAGAUCCACCGUGAGGAUGUACUGGAAGUGCUGGACAUGUACCCAGAAUUCUCUGACCACUUCUGGAGCAGCCUUGAGAUAACCUUCAACCUUCGUGAUACUAACAUGAUUCCAGGCUCCCCGAGCAGCGACGAUUCAGACUGCGGCUUCAAUCGCCUGCGUCGGCGCAAACUCUCCUUUCGCCGCAGAACUGAAAAAGAUGAUGAGGAUGCUGGAGAAGUCAAGAAGUCACAGAGACUCUCACGCAAGGGAAGGAAGCAUAUAAUCAACAACCAGAGCGAGGUGCGGAAAACAGAGUGGGAGGGGCAGCAAAAUUCAGUCUCCUCCCCGUCUCACUCCAGUGGCGAUGAAGGAGAGGAGCCUGUGAUAACUGUCCCUGCCCCUCCCUCUGCCAUUCUGGAGCUGUCUGCUGCCCAGGCCACGCAUAUGCACUUUGGAGACACACCAGAGGGGGAUGGGGACCCAAAGACUGGCAACACCUGCAACGCAUUGUCCGGGGCAUUUUCUGGGGUUUCCAAUAUCUUCAGUUUCUGGAGUGACAAUCGUGGGCGGCAGUACCAAGAGCUACCCCGCUGCAGCUUGCCCUCUCACCCUCCCCUCUCUGCUCCUCUGCACAGUAUCACACGGCGUCAGAGGUUGGAGGUGGAGUCUAGGCUGGACCUACUGCAGAAACAGCUAAACAGGUUAGAAUCUCGGAUGACCUCAGACAUUGGUGCCAUUAUGCAGCUGCUACAGAGACAGAUGGUGUUGGUACCACCUGCAUACAGCACAGUGUCUUCACCUCCAGAGCCAGCUCUUUACCCUUGUACUGCUGAUAGGCUGGGGCAGCCAGUUAUGCCCCUGGAGCCAGAGACCUUGGUAUCACUCUCACAGAUCACUGAUGUACAGGAGUUAAGUGAGAUUCCACCCACAUCCUGUGAUCUUCCACUGAAUGCUCUGGAGCAAAAGUCAGCGGAUCCUCCACAAGGCAGCUCAGCAGAGAGACAGUGCCUGGAAACAGUCAGUCAGGAUGCUCUGUGUACAGAGAGUCACAACGAGACAAAAGACAACACCAGAGACACAGAGCCAAAACGGAGGCUCUCUCUGCCUGAGCAGUACUCAGAGGAGCCUCAGGACUCACGGACACCACAAAGACACAGUUCUGACCCAGGAAGCUAGUUUUAUGGCUGACACAGCUCUGUAUUUCUUAGGCUCAGUCUAAUUUUUUUUUCUAGCAGUCCUUUUGGCACUAAGCUAUACUAGUGUUAAGCUGCUGAAAACCCAGCUCAGAGAAUUCUGUAGUUGUGUUUAGAUUCAUGACUGGACUGCUCUUCCUAGUUUUUCUUAAAUUCCAGGAAGUAAUGAGGUGCCGAGGGAAAGACUGACUCAAAGACUGGAGGAGAGGUUUUGGUAGUUCCAUCUCCAUUAUUAACACAGUGGAGAAGUAAACAUUUAACUUUAUCAAUAAACUUCUGCACUAGGAAAGUGACUAGAUAAGGAUUUAUAACCAGAGUACUGUGGAGAAGGGCAGCAUCAUUAGUUUUUUUAUUUUAUUUGGCUUUGACAAGAUGAACGUAAGCAUGGCAUGGACCUCUGUUAAAACGUCCCUUUACUGCAAUGCCAGGACUGGAUAACUAUGAAAAAUAAAAAAAAUAGCCAUUAUGUUUUGCACUGAAAUUUCAGACACUUUAUCUCUGUGGCUCCUGUAACACGUCCAUGGCGCUUCCUGACUGGUACAUAACCUGAAACGUGUUAGCUGGCCUAACAAGAAGUGGUGUCCCGUCCCGUCUUCAAACCUUCACUGCUCCUGCCUGUGGGGGGCAGGACUGCUAAGGCCUCAAGAGUCAUUGUGUUGUGAUUUCCCCCGGAAUCUCUGUGUUUUUUUUGUUGGUCUGGGGUAAUAGCCAUGCAUUCUUAAUUAGCAUAUCAAACUCCUGUUGCAAACCUUGUACAGACUGUAGAGAAUGGAGUCUUAUACAAAUAUGCAAAUAAUAGUAAGAGAAGAAUAAGUUAUUUGAUGUAUAUAUCAGUUUUAGUCCAAAGGUGUGUACACAUCUAGUUUGCCUUGUCUCUGGCUUAUGAACUUGAUGGUUUUACUCAUUGAGGUGCCCCUUUUACCUCAGCAAUCCAAGGAAUCAAACAGCAAUAUCAGAGUCAGGGUUGUAUUCCUAUUCAGUCUUAUAGUUCUUUGGUGCCUGCUGGAUUUUUGCAGGGCCCAAUGUCUGUGUGUUUUAGCAUGACAAAUGCCCUGAAAUACCAUUUUGUUUUCUUUCAUUUUCCUCGUUAGCUUUGGAUAGUCAUAUAGCAGUGAGGUCACUGGUUUGCCACAGAGAUAUGGGUUUCCAAUUAAAAAAACAGGCUGAGUUACAGAGUAGCAUAGAGCUAGCUGGACUAGCUAUAAGGAGUUUUUACUUACAGUAAGUUUAUCAGCUAAAUUAAUCUAAUAAUUACGAUUAAUUACAGACCUAAGGGCACUCCUACCUUAGGGCACUAAACAUUUUUGCUCUUUGCUUUGUGAGGGUACCUUAAUCUUAUUCUAGUGGAGUACUUCUCUAAUUCAUUCAGGGAAGAGUUCAGUUUUCUGGAUUUCAAAUGAAAAUCAGCCAUGGAAGGUAUACCAAAUACGACAAGAACAAUGCCACCGUGCAGAUUGUCUUAAUACUAGCACAAAAUUUAUAGUCCUAUGUUUGAGUUUCAUAGACAUGAAAAAGGUUAGUUACCAAUUGAAUCUUAUAUCACAUACUGUAUAAAUAACAAAUCUAAUCAGUUUCUCUGGAAAAGAUAUUUGAGACCUAGACAAUUAUUUUUUAAUUAUAAAGAAAGUAGAUCAGCUGAGAACAAAAUCUCAUUUAUGAUGAAGACCUUGAGAGACAUCAUUGCAGCAGUGUAAUUCACUCAAGCAAAUUGAGUAAAGUACCUCACUCAUACUGUAAGUACAGAGUACCUCACCCUUCCACUUAAGAGGCCUACUUAGAUUGAUCCAGAACCAUGAUUAAUUUCAGAAUAAUAAGCACUUUAUUACUUCUGUCUUGGGUAUAAAUCUAUUUACAGUUCAUCCUUUGUAAAUGACAUUGUAAAAACAAAAUUCAAACUGUAACAUUUACAGUAUGUUUGCCAGGGGUGCAUUUUAAUGUACACAUUCAUGUUCAAAUGUUCACCUUGUAACUUUUUGUUGAAAUUCGAUUAGGGAAAUAAUCAGCAAAUAUAUUGAUAAGAGUGAUAUUUCAAAAGCAGACCUGUCUUCCUAAUGCUCAGUGAUUCACACUCAGGCAGCUACAGCAGAGGCAACAAUGUAGCAGACCAGCAUAGGUCUAUUUACUGAACGCUUCACUCAAAGAUGUGUAGACUGACACAAUCAGACAUAAUCAAAUAGGAUAAUCUAUUCGGAAUGAAACAAAUAUAUAAUAGGAAAAAUAUUUGCAGCACUGUCAGUGACUUAAUCAAAUCAAAAUUUAAUUCACUUGACAGACUAACAUUACAGACUAAAAUUACAAAGCAGAUGCAAUUAAUUUCUGUUUUUGUAAAUACCUGUUCUCACUAACUUGAAACUCAUCAGAAGACUGAAGAAUGUAAUACGAUUUUGUUGAUACAUAUAGUUCUAAAAGGGUGCUAUAGGCUUUCAUGGGUAGUAACUUACUGUAACACUGUUCACAAUUCGUAUCUUAUCCCUUCAAGAAGGAACCAGUAAAACAGAACAUAAAUGAAAAUUUAACUGAUUUAAUUGGCUUAACAAGAUUUAUCUCAAGAUAAGAUUACAUCACUGGGUUUGAUAAAUACAAAUGAUGUACACAUAAACAUCAAGACCACUGUAGCAUGAAGUACUGACAUGAUUAGCUCAAAUAAGGUUAAGCAUUAGGGGUUUUAAUAAUCACAGACCUUUAAUUUUCCAGUUUGUGUACCAUAUGCAGAUAUCUGUGUGUUUCUGUCUGUCUAAGGGAACUGUAAUUGAAAGGUUUCUUUCUUCAAAAUUGCAGGGGUCCUUGGAAUUGAAUGUUUACAAGGGAAGUCUGAAUGAAGUGUACUAAAGAAUUCAACACAUACCAUCUAAGGUUCAUCUGCCAGAGACAAAGAUGAUACUUACCAAAUUACAAAAUAAUUUUACUCCUCUAAUAAUGUGUAAACCUGUGUAUUUUGAGUGUGAGUCUCAUAGAGUCUUGAGAAAGUCUUUAAGCACUAGACUGAAGCUUCUGCCCAGUAUUUUGAUUUAUGGGGAACAUCAUGGGAAAUCUCUAAUUCACUGGGAAAACUCCACUGGCAAAUAUCAAGGCCCUAUUUUUAUUGUGGCAUAACUAAUCAAUGUGCUACCAAUUUAAUGGUGAGUGAUAACAUGUGUUAUAACAAUGAUUUGAAUGAUAAUAAAGAAGUGGUAGUAACACAUAGCCAUUUCAGCUUCAGAUUCAUGACCUCAAUGUAGCAUUGGUCAUGAAUUGGCUAUAUGCUGCUGAUGCUAGUGCAUCAUCCCAGCCUUCUGGGGAAUGUUUAAACAGAGAGGAUAGCAGCAAACAUAACCUGGACUAGGUGUGUUUCACCUUAAUCUCAGAAGUACAGAUUAACCCCUUUUUACUUGAUGGUGGGUAGCUUCAAGCUGUGGUGCUAGAAGACUUUCUGAGUUGUGUUCUAUACUUUGUAGUGUAACUAUGUACAAUUCAGACUGAAUUCAUAUCCAAAACUCUCAGUUUCCCAAUAGUGGUAUGGGUAUUCUAUCCAUUCUAUUGAUUUUCAGAAAUCUGAGGUAAUCUCAAUGAUCCUGGGAAUCAUUCAUGCAAUUGAACAUGAUACGUCAAAAUAGUAAAUAUUUUAACUUAUAAAAAUGCAGCAGAUAACGCUGGUGAUGAUGGUAGUGGUGGUGGUUGCUGUAACACAGUUUAAGAAGUCAACUUGAGUAUCACAUCUUGUCAACUGCAUUUCAUUAGAGAUGUGUCUGGAUACGUAUUUUCUUUUUUAAUGAAGACAAGAUGAGAUCUAUUUAGAAAACAAACAGACUUCUUUUCUUCUUGAUUAUCAAGAAAAGCAUAUGAAGCAUUUAAAAGCAUAACAUCUUGUUAAAUGUGGGUGAAGGGUUAUGGACCCAUAAAAGUCUAGGUUAUUAAAAAAAAACUGCACCAGUAAGGAAGUGACUUCAGAAGUGAUUACAGGUGAAGGAACAAUACUUGACCAAAAUUGUGCCAGAGCACUGAUCCACUUAAUAUACUUCAACUUCAACUUACAUAAAUCAAAGGAUUCAUGAAAUACCAAGACUCACCCACUUCACAGUGAUUCUUCAAAAAAUGGGACAUGUAAAACCUAACUACUGUUUUUCCUCAAAACCACCAGAUUCCCUCUAGCCCUUUCUGUGGAAUGAAUUAGAAUUCAUUAAAUGACCACUGAAAAGCAGAAGUACCUAUCAACAGUACCCAUUCUGCAUCUUUCAUCACUAUUUUAAAGCUCUGAACUCUGAGUGAAGGCCAGAACUAGAUCUUCUUAAAUACUUGAUCGGUUAAAAGAAUGAGAUUCAGAAACAAGUGAGGGUUUUAGAAAUGCAUCAGUGCUGAAUCGUACGUCUGCUGUUUUCCAUGUACAUAAGAGACUCUUGUCAAGAGACUGACCUUGGCACUUGUAGCCAGCAUUAUGCAGGAACCUACAUUCCUGUGGCAUGCUUAAGAAUGCAAACUGUAGAAAUUGCUGUUAGUGAUUUAAAUGACAAUGAUAAAUCUCUAAUAAAACUACAACUGUGCACAUUUUAAUUGCAUGCUGCACUAAAUAUCUUCCAAAAAUAUGAGAAUAAAUAAGCAAUGAGCUUGAAGAACUGUGUGUAGGGUUGAAUAUCAUCUGUAUAGGAGACAUAUUACAAUGUAAACCACUGGGAAAUAAAUAUUGUGAACUUCUGUAUAUCUUGCCAAGGAGAAAGCUGAUUUUAAGACAGAGUUUUGAAUUCAACAUAGUAUUCUCAUUAAUGUCAGCUUAUUCAGGCAGAUACCAGCUAAAAUACAACAGACAGACUCCAGUAUUGGUUUAACGAUAGGGUUACAAGUUGUUGAUUUUUCAUUUUUUUCAUGUUUAUUGAAAAUAAACCUCUUUGAA